AUGGGUUGCCUUUCAGUGCGCACGGAGUGUACCGGGAGUUAUAAUUAUUGUUGUUGUUAUUAUGACGCCAGGAUGGAUUGGCUCAACGGUACCGGACUGGACACCGUCAUCCACCUAAACUCAUCCUAUGGCUACUCAUCAGCGGCCAUCGCCAGCAUUGCCGCCCUCGUAAGUUUCCUCAUCUUGUUCACUGUGGUCGGCAAUGUGCUGGUGGUGAUCGCCGUGCUGACGAGCCGGGCACUGAAAGCCCCCCAGAACCUCUUUCUAGUCUCGCUGGCAACGGCUGACAUCCUGGUGGCCACUCUGGUGAUGCCAUUCAGUCUCGCCAAUGAACUCAUGGGCUACUGGUAUUUUGGCAAAGUUUGGUGCGGCAUCUAUUUGGCGUUGGAUGUUCUUUUCUGUACGUCCUCCAUUGUGCAUCUGUGCGCAAUCAGCCUGGAUCGCUAUUGGUCCGUCACGCAAGCGGUUGAAUAUAAUUUAAAGCGGACUCCCAAGAGGGUGAAGGGCAUCAUCUUGAUUGUGUGGCUCAUGUCUGCUUUUAUUUCCUCCCCGCCAUUGUUGUCUGUGGAGAGAAACAAGGACAGAAGCCCUCACCCCCAGUGUGAGCUCAAUGAUGACAGUUGGUACAUCAUUUUCUCCAGCAUUGCUUCCUUCUUUGCUCCUUGCCUCAUCAUGAUCCUGGUCUACGUCAGGAUUUACCAGGUGGCCAAAACUAGAACCAGGAGCAUGUCAGAGAAGAGACAGACAGAUGGUGGUGCCAUCCAGACGGAGAACGGGCAGUGCCAGUGUCCGCCCACCCCGAGUCAUCGGACGGCCACCCAGGGACAAUACACGGAGGAAGCCGACCUGGAUGAAAGCUCCUCAUCAGAGGGGAAAGUCAGCAAGAAGCAGCCAGACUCUCCACGGAGGAACCCGAAGAGGGACUCCCUGACCAAACAGCCCGCGUGCAACUCCAGAGUCGGCAACAAACCCACAGAUCUUUUUGCCUCCAGGAGGAAACGGAGGAGCUCCAUCGCUCUGAAAAAGCUGUCCCAAGCUCGGGAGAAGAGGUUCACUUUCGUCCUGGCUGUGGUCAUGGGGGUGUUUGUCGUGUGCUGGUUCCCGUUUUUCUUCAGCUACAGUCUGUAUGGUGUGUGCAGGGACUCCUGCAAGAUUCCAGAUCCCCUCUUUAAGUUCUUUUUCUGGAUCGGGUACUGCAACAGCUCACUCAACCCGGCUAUAUACACCAUCUUUAACCGCGAUUUCAGACGGGCCUUCCAAAAGAUCCUAUGCAAGUCGUGGAAAAAGUCCUUUUAGGAUGGCAACUGACCAAAUUCAAAUUUGCUGUUCAAGUCCGAAUAUUCCCACACCACUCAUCAAGUUCUGCUACUCAAACCGCCCAUCUACACCAUCGUCAAUUGCAACUUCCAGCGGGCCUUCCAGACUACAACAUACUCGUGGGAAAAAAAAGCUCUUAGGCUGGUGGCCUGAAAACUCAGAAGGCUGCAGUUUCAAG